GUUUUUUAAAGAGUGCCACACGAUGGCCACUUCUUCAGGCUCCCUGCAGUGUCUUUGGCUCGUCAUACUGGCAGCCGUGCUCGUGCAGAGCCUGGCUGUGGUGCUCAGUUUCGUGUUCUUCAACAGAGUCCUCCACACGAUGCAGGGCGGCAGCGUGCCGUCGUGUUUGGCCGACCCAAAUCUUCUUCGCUCCGAUUAUGGCGCUUUAGCGGCGGAGGUUGACAAGACUGACCCCUGCUGGCAAGUGCUGGAACAGCUCCGCUACCACAUUGAACAGACGGCGACGGAGCGACUGCAGGCGCAGAUAUCGUCAGCUGUGACUAAUGAGCAGACUGGAGUCCCGCCUUUCCUGAGCGACGAUGCGGCCCUUGCCGACGUGGCGGCCCACGUCACCGCCGCCGUCGCUUCUUCGCAGACAGAAGGCGCCAGCAGCAGCCGAGGUUACCUGGGCGAGCGCGUCACGGCGUGGGAAGGUCGCAGAGGUCAGUCGUUCCUGCAGAACGUGGAGCUGAGGGGAGGAGAGCUGCUGGUGCCUCGAGCGGGCCUCUACUACAUCUACGCCCAGACGUACUUCAGACUCACCUCCACCUGGCCCACGGAGGAGGAGGAGCAGGAGGAGGAGGGCGGGGCUGAGGGGGAGGAGCCACAGGAGCAGGACGGAGCUCAGCUGGUUCAGUACAUUUACAAGAAGAUGAGUUCCUACACAGUUCCUAUCCUGCUCAUGAAGUCGUCCAGGAGUGCCUGCUGGCCCCGGGGUCAGGAGCCCGGCCUGUUCUCCCUCAACCAGGCGGGCACCGCCUUCCUCCAGCCCACGGACCGCCUCUUCAUCACGGUGAGCAACGCCAGCGCCAUGGAGAUGGACGGCAGGGCCAGCUACUUUGGAGCCUUCCUUGUGGGCUAGGAGCUACGAGAAGCUUCCAAGAAGGAGGCCGCCCCGGCCUUGGUAAACAGAACCAGAAGAGCGGGAUAGUCCCAAAUGUUGCUCGCACUCGCAAAAAGUGGAUUACGUAGCUGAAGAUGGUGAAGAA